GCUCUUUGUGUGGGGUGGAUUAGCACUCGCUCGGCACUGGGCGAAACUAGAGCAUCAGUCGGUGGUGAAGACGAGAAAUAAAAACCAUCGGCAAACGGUGGACCGCUGUCGCCAACCGCGGCACAGUCCAGUCGCCUUUCUGUCUCGCCGGACGGACAUGCAAUUUACAGACCGGGCUGCUGUGUGACUGACGCUCUGUUGCCAUGACAACCCACGUGACGCUAGAGGAUGCUCUGUCCAACGUGGACCUGUUGGAGGAGCUGCCUCUCCCAGACCAGCAGCCAUGCAUCGAGCCCCCGCCCUCCUCCAUCAUGUACCAGGCCAAUUUUGACACCAACUUUGAAGACAGGAAUGCGUUUGUGACUGGGAUUGCUCGUUACAUUGAGCAAGCAACAGUCCACUCUAGCAUGAAUGAGAUGCUGGAGGAAGGGCAUGAGUAUGCUGUGAUGCUUUACACCUGGAGGAGCUGCUCAAGAGCCAUUCCACAGGUAAAAUGCAACGAACAACCCAACAGAGUGGAGAUCUAUGAAAAAACAGUAGAAGUGUUGGAGCCUGAAGUGACCAAGCUAAUGAAGUUCAUGUAUUUUCAACGGAAAGCGAUUGAGCGAUUCUGCAGUGAGGUAAAACGUCUGUGUCAUGCUGAGAGAAGGAAGGACUUCGUGUCGGAGGCCUAUUUACUCACGCUAGGAAAAUUCAUCAAUAUGUUUGCUGUAUUGGAUGAAUUAAAAAACAUGAAAUGUAGUGUCAAGAAUGACCACUCUGCCUAUAAGAGGGCUGCUCAGUUCUUAAGAAAAAUGGCCGACCCUCAGUCCAUUCAGGAGUCCCAGAAUCUGUCCAUGUUUUUAGCGAACCACAACAGGAUCACCCAGUGCCUGCACCAACAGUUGGAGGUGAUCCCCGGCUAUGAGGAGCUCUUGGCCGACAUCGUCAACAUCUGCGUCGACUAUUACGAGAACAAGAUGUACCUGACCCCCAGCGAGAAACACAUGCUGCUAAAGGUAAUGGGCUUCGGUCUCUAUUUGAUGGAUGGUAAUGUAAGCAACAUCUACAAACUCGAUGCUAAAAAGAGGAUCAACCUGAGCAAGAUUGACAAGUUUUUCAAACUUCAAGUGGUGCCGUUAUUUGGAGAUAUGCAGAUAGAACUGUCACGCUACAUCGAGACCAGUGCUCACUAUGAAGAGAACAAAUCCAAGUGGACAUGCACUCAGAGCAGCAUCUCUCCGCAGUACAACCUGUGUGAGCAGAUGGUGCAGAUCAGGGAGGACCACAUUCGCUUCAUCUCAGAGCUGGCGCGUUACAGUAACAGUGAGGUGGUGACGGGCUCCGGACUCGACUCCCAGAAAUCAGACGAAGAGUACAGGGAGCUGUUUGACCUGGCUCUGAGGGGGCUGCAGCUGCUGUCCAAGUGGAGCACGCAUGUCAUGGAAGUGUACUCGUGGAAGCUGGUCCAUCCCACAGAUAAAUUCUGUAAUAAAGACUGCCCUGGGACAGCAGAAGAGUAUGAGCGAGCCACGCGGUACAACUACACCAGUGAGGAGAAGUUUGCCUUGGUGGAGGUCAUCGCCAUGAUAAAGGGGCUGCAGGUUCUUAUGGGUCGGAUGGAGUCAGUGUUUAACCAAGCCAUCAGAAACACCAUUUAUGCUGCUCUACAGGACUUUGCCCAAGUGACCCUUAGAGAGCCCCUCAGGCAGGCUGUACGCAAGAAGAAAAACGUCUUAAUUAGUGUUCUCCAAGCUAUUCGAAAGACUGUGUGUGACUGGGACGGAGGACGGGAGCCUCCGAAUGACCCCUGUCUCAGAGGAGAGAAGGACCCCAAAGGUGGAUUUGACAUCAAAGUUCCUCGCAGAGCUGUGGGACCCUCAAGCACUCAGCUGUACAUGGUGCGCACCAUGCUUGAGUCCUUGAUAGCUGAUAAGAGUGGCUCAAAGAAGACUCUCCGCAGCAGUUUGGAUGGGCCCAUCGUGGUGGCCAUUGAAGACUUCCACAAACACUCCUUCUUCUACACACACCUGCUCAACUUCAGCGAGGCUCUGCAGCAGUGUUGUGACCUGUCUCAGCUCUGGUUCAGAGAGUUCUUCCUGGAACUGACCAUGGGCCGUAGAAUCCAGUUCCCCAUCGAGAUGUCCAUGCCCUGGAUCCUCACAGACCACAUCCUGGAGACCAAGGAGCCGUCUAUGAUGGAAUAUGUGCUAUACCCUCUAGACUUGUAUAAUGACAGUGGAUACUAUGCUCUCACGAAAUUCAAGAAACAGUUCCUGUACGAUGAGAUUGAAGCUGAGGUCAACCUCUGCUUUGAUCAGUUUGUCUACAAGUUAGCAGAUCAGAUAUUUGCUUACUACAAAGCAAUGGCUGGAAGCGUGCUCUUAGACAAGCGCUUCAGAGCCGAGUGUAAAAACUACGGUGUAAUUAUCCCUUAUCCACCAUCAAACCGCUAUGAAACACUGCUCAAACAGAGACAUGUACAGUUGCUGGGUCGGUCAAUUGACUUGAACCGACUGAUAACACAAAGAAUCUCUGCAGCAAUGUACAAGUCUUUGGACCACGCCAUCAGCCGCUUUGAGAGUGAAGACCUCACCUCAAUAGUGGAGUUGGAAUGGUUGCUGGAGAUCAACCGUCUGACGCACCGGCUGCUGUCCAAACACAUGACUCUGGACAGCUUCGACGCUAUGUUUCGUGAAGCCAACCACAACGUGUCCGCUCCCUAUGGAAGAAUCACACUGCACGUCUUCUGGGAGCUCAACUUUGAUUUCCUCCCAAACUACUGCUACAAUGGGUCCACAAACCGCUUUGUUCGCACAGCCAUUCCUUUCACACAGGAGCCUCAAAGAGACAAGCCAGCCAACGUGCAGCCUUAUUACCUUUAUGGUUCAAAGCCUCUGAACAUUGCCUACUCCCACAUAUACAGCUCGUACAGAAACUUCGUGGGACCGCCUCAUUUCAAGACCAUCUGCCGUCUCCUCGGUUACCAGGGCAUCGCCGUGGUGAUGGAGGAGCUGCUGAAAAUCGUCAAAAGCCUGUUACAAGGGACCAUUCUGCAGUAUGUAAAAACCCUGAUAGAAGUUAUGCCCAAAAUCUGCCGCUUGCCUCGUCACGAGUAUGGCUCCCCAGGUAUACUGGAAUUCUUCCAUCACCAGUUGAAGGAUAUCAUAGAGUACGCAGAGCUGAAGACAGACGUGUUCCAGAGUCUGAGGGAGGUGGGCAACGCCAUCCUCUUCUGCCUGCUCAUCGAACAGGCUCUGUCCCAGGAAGAGGUGUGUGAUCUGUUACAUGCCGCUCCUUUCCAAAAUAUUCUACCAAGAGUUUACAUCAAAGAGGGAGAGCGGCUUGAGGUGAGGAUGAAAAGGCUGGAAGCGAAGUAUGCCCCUCUCCAUCUUGUGCCUCUAAUUGAGCGACUGGGCACUCCACAGCAAAUUGCAAUCGCCCGAGAGGGAGACCUGCUGACCAAAGAGCGUCUGUGCUGUGGCCUGUCCAUGUUCGAGGUGAUUUUGACCCGGAUUCGCAGUUUCCUUCAGGAUGGGGUCUGGCGCGGCCCUCCUCCCACCAACGGAGUGAUGCAUGUGGACGAGUGUAUGGAGUUCCACCGUCUGUGGAGCGCCAUGCAGUUUGUCUACUGCAUCCCUGUGGGCACACACGAGUUUACAGCAGAACAGUGCUUUGGGGAUGGGCUGAACUGGGCUGGCUGCGCCAUCAUAGUACUUUUGGGACAACAGCGCCGCUUUGACCUCUUUGACUUCUGCUACCAUCUGCUCAAAGUCCAAAGACAAGAUGGAAAAGAUGAAAUCAUCAAGAAUGUUCCCUUGAAGAAGAUGGCAGACCGCAUCAGGAAGUACCAGAUCUUGAACAAUGAAAUUUUUGCCAUUCUGAACAAGUACAUGAAGGCUGUGGAGACGGACAGUUCCACUGUGGAGCAUGUGCGGUGCUUCCAGCCUCCUAUACACCAGUCUCUGGCCACCACCUGUUGAGAAUAGGCCCUCCCACAGUGCACACAGACACAUGUCCUUAGCUGUGCCCCUGAUCUCUGCCUGGUUGGUCUUAUGGGAUUGGCUCUAUACUGGAAAAAUGAAUCCAAAGACAAAUCCUCUCAAACUAUUCCUUUCUUCAUAAAGGACUGUCUUAAAGUUAAAGCCUUUCCCUUAAAAUCAACAAGAGGUAGAAUCUUUUCAUACACGUUUUAUUUCUUUAGUCCUGACUUUUUCAAACUCAUGCAUGCCUUCUUGUUUUCCUUCAUUUGCACAACUGUGGUCUAAACCAUGACAUACAAAAUGAAUACAUUUUGGACAUAGUGUUAAAUUAUAGAUAUUGUACUAAAAAGAGCCUAUGAAAUGAACACUACAUUAGUCCAUUCGCCGUUUCGUUCAACAUGGUGCUUCUUACAGCUCCAGCUCCCACACUAGUACAUCUGUGCUAGUCUGCCAUUCACGUCUCACAUUUCAUAUCCUCUUUUUGUGAAAUAAUCAAAUCUUCCUCAUCAUGUGUAUGCCAUGAUAAAUACUUCAUGCUCUAUUCCUGCUUGCUUCCUGUCAAUGAAUGAAAGUUGCGUUUCUUUUUACUUUCACAAACUGCGCCUUUGUUUCCUUCAAACACGUUUUAAUUGGUACCAGGUCCACUGUAAAUUUCACUGUUGAACUAAGUGAAGUGUUGAGUGUUGUAACUGUUUUUAAUUAUUAAUAUUUUAUUUGAAACAUUUGGUAUAUUUGCCUAUUACUGACUGAAAACCUCAUCAACAUCAUUUGUUUCUUUGUUUAAAAGAUUUUAUAUUCUGUAUAUGGAAACAGUGCUAUUAUUUAAAAUACUGGAACAUACAUGCAUUCAUCUGGUCCAUUGUGUCUUUUUCCAUUGAGAAAAGAAGAGAGAAAUGUAAUUAGAGAAUACCUCUAGGUUGUAUAAAGACAAUGCUGUACUAGAAGCUGUUUGAGUGUGAAUGAAUUAUAUUGGUCUGUGUGGCCUAUGAAAUACUCUGCACAUAAUGGUAAAAAAUCUUAACUAAAGUGUCAGUUAUAAUUAAAGGGCAAUUUCCUAAAUAUAGUCAGUAUUUACAUUUUUUCUUUUAGAUUUAGCAGUGUUAUUGAAAUAUGCAAAUGUGUCCUCGUAAAAAGGAAUGGAAAGUUAACCCUUACAAAACAGCCCUGUGGUCUUUUUUUCUGCUCUGUUUUGAAUGACAAUGGUUUCUUUUGUAACUCCAGUGUCUUUUUAUCAUAUUUAUUCAAGUCCGGUUUACUUUCAUUUAAAGAUAAAUCUAGUAAAAAUGAAGGUACAAAGGUAUCCUCUUGAAACUCUUGAAGCAUGGCAAGUGUAAUUUAUUGUCAUCAAUGGCUCCAUUUGUGACAUGAGGCUUUGUUUAUGAUAUUGUUGUACAAGUGACUAUGUUUUGAAGUACAAAAAAUGAUAAAAUAUAAAAUGUACAACAAUGGUCCUGAAAAGGAUACAAAAUUAUGUUGUAUUUCCAUGAAAUAAAAUGGUUUAACUGA